GUUCAUAUUCUUUAAUUUUUAGAUCGCCGACGGUUUAUGGAGCGACAACGUAGAUAUAUCAAAAUGCUUUGUGGACGACAAACGCAAAGCUAUAUCGAUCUUGGUACAGAUACGUGAUCGUGGUACUGGUGAUCGUAGUGAAACAAUUGUCACUUUCGACCCACUUAUGCCAGGAUUCGAGAUCAUACCAAUGAGGCCAGCUUUCAGCGAUAAAACUAAACACAUUUUAUUCAUGAUCCAAUCUGUUUCAACUCCUACUGGAGCGGAACUAGAUAUAAAUUUUGAGUGCUUGGGCGACGUGAUCCGCCCAGCUGUUCAAGUGAAAACUACAGUUGGAGAUGUGCUAAGCUUUGUGAGACCUCCAAAUUGGAAUAUCUCUCCCUAUUUCCAUCUUAGAACAUUUCGUAGUGUUGGAGUAAACUACAUCUGCGCCAUAGAUUACGCUAUAGAAAUGGCUAGUCAUCAGGUAGGGCUGCUGAAAUCUCGAAAGAAGUCAUUGAUGCUGCCAAGGAUCUCAGGAGUGAAAUCAGUGGAACUGUCCUGGAUUGAGCUUUUCCCGAUUCAAGCCUCCUAUUCUGUUGGUGAACGUCUACAGGUCAUGGUACCAAGAAACAAAGCUAACGCUCUAAGUUACAUUAUAAUAUGCAACUCAUACUCAAUGCCGGCAAGUGGACGAUUCAAGGAAGAUGGAUCACUAACGAUAAUAAUAACACGAGUUAUGAUUGGCCGAUGUGUUUUAUUUGUUCACUCAACAGACACGAGGCGAGCUACUGAUAUGAUCCAAUUCAAUGUGGUAGAGCAGUGCCAGGUUUCCCUUCUUUCUACAUCAGAUUCUAUUAAGCCCGGAGCAUCAGUUACACUAACUUUAAAUGGUCAGCCUCAUGGAAUAGCACUAGUUCGGGCAAUUGAUGAUCGUUUGAAUACGUUUACAACGGGAGAAGACGUAACAAAACUGCAAUCAUGGGACUUUCUCAUUUUUCAUCAAACUCAUUUCGGAAACAUGCAGGCGAAGCUGAACAAUUUCGUUAUGUUCGACGAAGUAACAAGAACGAUAGUCGCUGAGCAGAAUGAACUUGGCGUUCGUCAGUACUUCCAUGAAGUGUGGUUAUUUGAUGCUGUUCUACUUGGACCAUCGGGAACAGCUUCGAAAACUGUUGAAGCACCUGACACAGUAGGAAGAUGGAGCAUUUCUUCCAUUUUCUGGGCUCCUGGGCAACGAGAACUUUGUGCGGCUCGUCGUGUUGACAUUGUAUCAAAGAAAGACGUUUUCUUGAAGAUCGAUUUGCCGAAAUCCGUCUACCUCAAUGAAACGAUCAGUGCGAAGGUUUCCGUCACAGCACUAAAUCCUACUAGAGAAGUUAAGUAUACUGUUUGUCUAUCUGAAAUGUCACGUAAAAUGUGCGCUGAUCUGGGAUCAUUUGGUCAACUUGGAAAGCCUGGAUAUUCUCGUGUCAUUGUGGCGCCAUCGCAACCAACAGACACUAAGACGUUUGCGAUACGAUUUCUUGACAUUGGAACCACAUCCAUAACUUUCAUUGUCAGAGAGGAAGCAUCCUUUCCUGGAAAACAUCACUGCAGCGUUGGUGAAAUCCGUGACAUAGUGAAACAAAAAAUUCAAGUUUUGAAACGUGUCGAGACCGAAGAACUUUACAAGAUGAUCAUCCUUGAUACCAAUAAACCGUUGACUCCAAUAUUAAACAAUGCUGUGGACUCAAGUGUAGCAUCUGUUGAUAUAUUUAAUGUAAGAGAAUAUCGCUCGUUUCCUGCUGGUGACAUUUUAGUCACCGAUGUGCAUAUGCAUAUUCCAAACUCAGAGAUCGUCUACAGUUUUACAAUUGACAUUUCAAAAUUUCUCUCGAUGAAUACUGUGAAUAGAGGAGAUGUAAGUCGACCUGGAAGAAGCGCCGAUUACGAACGCUCCUUCUUAUCCGACGUACUCAAAGCGUUAUCUGUCGAUUUGUAUCGAUUCAAAAGAGUGAAAUCUAAACAAAAUGCGGACCAACAAGUGGUGGAUGCUUUGAAAAACAGGAUUGGAGCGUCGAUAUCUGAUAUGCUUCGUUUCUCGGACUGCAAAAAUGAGUUGGCUUGUGGUUAUGCUGAAUAUGGAAGUCCACGUAAUCCAAGAGAACGUUCUAUAGCUCUCACUGCCCUUGUCACAUCAUUGCUUUGUGAAGCCGCAGCAAGCAAGAGGAUUGUAUGUGGAGGGUUAAGAUAUCUGUUGCAAUCAAUUCUUAUGGAGUGGAAAGAGGAGGAUAUCAGCCUUGAUGAAAUUAUUGAUUUGGAGCAUUUUAUGGACAAGGAAUGGUUCUUGAAGGCGUUUUUACUGCAAGUGUCUCGCGAUUGUGCUGCUUACGAAUGCGUGAAAAACGAUGAAGCGUGGUUUGCACUAGUGUCAUCGUUUUAUUUGAUUGAUGAAGAAUGGAGAUGGGAUAUUCGAUCGCUAGCCGCUAUUGCGUACAUGGGAACAAAUGCCACUAGUGAAAUUAUGCGAAUCAGGAUGGCUAACAUAGCGAAUGGUCAUGGUAAAGUGAUGGUUGGAAUUCGCGUCAUGGCGCAAAAGCGUCAGCGAUCAAGGCGCGGUCUUAGCCAAGAUGAUGCAUAUCCGGUACGAAUCACUGUCGAGCAACAACGUGUGUUUAGAGGGACGCUUCGACAAACUGUUUGUCUUCGAGUACUGACGCCUAUGGUGAAAACAAUCGAGAUAACUCAUGGUCUUUACACUGGAUAUACAGCAAAUCCAAUUAGUGUCACGAUACUUCCAAACUCUACAUCUUUAUCAUUCAUCUCGCUUCCGACCACCUCUUCCUAUGCGAUGCAUUUCGUCCUCGAUGGGUUUUGCCGUAACGAAGCUCUAUGUUACGAUAUUGGUGUUACGGAACCUAGUCGUAGUCAUGAACCACUCCACUUGGCCCCAGUCGCAGUAAUGGCACGUCAUCCUUUAGAAGAUAUAAUCGGGUUUGUUCUCAUUUCGCAUCCUGAUCAGGAAUAUAGUGGACAACGUACCAAGAGGGAAAUGACAAAUAGUGGACAGGAAGUAGACAAGCACACUUUUUUAGCCCGAAAUCAACGAGGAAUACCUGAUGAGUCCAUUGACACAGUUUGCUUUCAAGGAGGUUCAUGUGCGUGUGCCGAGUCAAGCUGUGGCGUGAAAUGCGGUUUAUGUAACAGAGACGAUGCUAAAGAACUUAAAACUCGUAUUUUUAAGGAGGACAUUUUUGGCGCUCUGCUACGAGUAUUGGCCUUCAAACGUGUUUUAGUAGAUAAUUCCUUCUACCUUCAUCUAACUACGGAAGUUCGUGAGAAGCAGGGCGGUGCUAAGCAGAGAAUAACAGAUAAACUUUAUAUCUGGCUUCGUGAUUGCAAUCCACGCUGUAAUGCUACCCCUCCGAUGGUCGACGAUAAGUUCUUCAUUAUCGGCGAAGCUGAAGCACUUGCACUGGAUAGUUUUGGAAGGCGAGCUAUCAGUUUUCCGCUUAAAUAUCUACUUUUUUGA